GUCCCUGGACAGGAAGCUGCAGCGGCCGCUCCUGGGCAAGUCGCGGACGCUGCCCAGCAUCCCGCAGUCCCCGGUGCUGAGCCGGCUGCCCCUGCUCGAGCCCGCCGCCUACCGGGACGAGAUGCCGGAGCAGAAGCCCUACCAGAAGCACUCGGCCUCCGAGCACCAGAAAGGCUGCACGGUGCCUUCUGCCGGGGAGGCCUGGCGGCUGGAGGAUGACUGCUCGGAGCCGCCCAGGGCCCCCCAGCUGGGCACGGCCGUGGAGGACGCCCCGUUCAGCUACUUCCGCACGCGCUCCUUCUACAUGAGGAAGAGCCUGUCCGUGGACAACCACCUGGGCUCGCUGAGCUACGCCGUGCACCCGGCCGAGAGCAAGGCCGAGCGCGUCAGGACCAAGCUGCGGCGGCAGUUCAGCCUGGGGUCGGCAGACAAGAAGGACUUUUACCAGCCAAAGUCGGAGAGCAGCCUCGCUAGGUUUGCCCACCGCUUGUCGGUGAAGCAGAAGCAGGAGAAGAGAAGGAAAGCUGAGUAUGGCUCGGCCGAGCUGUCUGCCUUCCGGCCCAGGUCUCUGAGCAUUGAAUGGUCAUCCUCCCCUAAAAUGACCCAGCAGAUGCGGGACCUGCAGCUGGCGCAGGCCAGGAAGCCACCAGGCCCUUCCUCACCAAACGCGGCCAAGAGGCUCUACCGAAACCUGUCCGGGAAAUUCCGCGUCAACUACACCUCCUUCGACGAGGGCAGCCUGGUGGGACGGGGCGAGAAGGAGAAGCUCCGCAAGUCCUACCUGUUCCAGAGCAAUGCUGCGCUCUUUGAGGCCGUGGAACUGCAGGAUCUUGACAGGGUGCAGGAGAUGCUAAAGCACUACAGCCCUGAGGAGCUGGACCUCAACACCCCCAACAGCGAGGGGCUCCUGCCCCUGGACAUCGCCAUCAUGACCAACAAUGCUCCCAUCGCCAGGGCCCUGCUGCAGGCGGGAGCGAAGGAGAGCCCACACUUCGUGAGCCUGGAGAGCCGCUCGCUGCACCUGUCCACGCUGGUGCGGGAGGCGGAGCAGCGCGUCAACGAGCUGAUGGCGCAGGUGGUGAACGAGGCGCCCCACGCCGACUGCUCCGAGAAGGAGAAGCAGCUCAAGGCCUGGGAGUGGCGGUUCCGGCUGUACAAGCGCAUGAAGGCAGGGUUUGAGCAUGCCCGAGUGCCAGAUGCCCCCAGCAGUGUCCACCUCUCUGUGGCCAGCAGCACCUCACUGCAGGUGACCUUCUGGGAGCCCCUGAGUGUCAAUUCAGCUGUUGUCACCAAGUACAAAGUGGAGUGGAGCUGCUCCCCCACCUUCUCACCACUGCUGGGAGAAGCUGUGAUUGACAAGCUGAAGGACCUGCACUUCACCAUCCAGGGGCUGGUGUCGGGCACGGCGUACCACGUCCGCGUGUCUGCCUACAACAUGAAGGGCUGGGGUCCCCCGCAAGCCUCCACGCCCCCCUUCGCCAUCCCCUCCAACUGGCGUGAGUACGACGGGCGGGCGCCGCGGCGGCGGGGCCAGGCUGAGGCCCUGGACCAUCUCCUGGGCCAGGUGAAGACCGUCCACCAGCACUGCAUCUGCCACGAGCCCUGCAAGAACCAGCCCCAGAGCAGAAAGCAUUCAGUCUCCAAGAGCCUCAAGCACCUCUUCCACCCUGGCAGCAAGUUUCUCAAGACACUGAAGCGGGGUCUCUACCUGACAGCCAUCUUCUACAAGGAUGACAACAUCCUGGUGACCCACGAGGACCAGAUCCCUGUGGUGGAGAUUGAUGACACCUACUCCUGCCUGCUCAUGCAGGAUUUCCUCUGGCUCACCAAGGUGUCGUGCAUGUGGGACGAGAUCCUGUGGCUGAGGCAGUGUGUCACCGUGUCCCAGUCCUCCUGCUCCUGCAUCCUGCAGACGCGCUUCAAGAUGCUGUUGGCCAUCUCACAGAUGCAGGGGCUGCUGGGCAUCCAGGACCUGGGGCAGGUCUUCUUUGAGCCCAUCAAAGACAAGCAGGGCAACAUCCUCAUCGUCACCCUGAAGGAGGUGAAGACCAACCAGACCUUCGAGAGCGUCCGCUGGGUGCCCAUCUGCAAGCUGCAGAGCGGCCGCAAGUCCGUGUCCUCCCCCGAGGAGCCCACGGCCCUGGACACGCUGCUCAUCUCCCUGCAGGACAAGCUGGCUUAUCACCAGCGGAGCAGCCAUGCCCUCUCCCCGGGGCUCUACCUGGGCUACUUGAAGCUGUGCAGUGCCGUGGAUCAGAUCCGAGUGCUGGUGCCAGAGCAGCUCCCCAACAUCCUGUGCCACGUCAAGAUCCGCUCCAACCCCAACAUCUCCAGGGAGGAGUGGGAGUGGCUGCAGAAGAUGGCCGGCGUGGAGGAGCCUGUUCCCACAGAGCCAGAGACUGACAGGUCCCAGAACCCCUUGUUUCAGGAGCUCCAAGUGGCCAUCAAAGAACUGAUGACCCUGGUGAACAUCCCACUGCAAGAGGCCAAAGACUUCCGUCUGUACAGCCAGGAGGUGCUGGACUUUGGGGAUCAGGUCUCCUUCCUGCUGCUGCUGCCUCCAUCAGAUGAUGUCUGCACCGCUCCGGGCCAGAACAACCCCUACACCCCUCGCUCUGGCUUCCUCACGCUGCCGCUGCAGAUCUUUGAGCUGGUCCACUUCUUCACGUACAGCCGGGAGUUCAUCACACAGUACUGCCAGGUGUCCGCCCUGCUGGAGCUAGAGUCCCUCCUGUCCCAGCAGAGCCUCAGGGAGGCUUUCUCCGAUGCCGAGCUCGCCACUGCCAAGCAGAGGCACCAGAAGGUUCAGGACUACAUCCAGCAAAUGGAGGAGAUCUGGCGAGAGAUGCGCUGGAUCAUGGAUGUCCUGCAGCACGCCCGCUACAAGCAGCCCUCCUGUGGGAUCUCUCUCAGUGGCUUCCUCAGCGAGGCCGGGGGGCCAGCGAAGGAGAAAACGCGAUCCUCCUUGUCCCACCUGGACUAUCUUCCGUCCCCAGUGCUCUCACCGGAGACCAGCCGCAAGCUCAACUCCGACUCGCACGGCCUGUCGGACGAGGAGGGCUCUUCGGAGGUGUUCCUGGCCACCGACAGCGACUACGACUCCAGCCGGGCGCAGAGCCCGAAGGAGCUGGACCUGGUGUGCUCCACCUCAGGGCCCGGAGACGUCCCCGCUGGUGCUCCAGUACGGGCCGGCGACCACCGUAUGAGAGAGGAGAGCGGCGGGACGGAGCGGAGACCUCGGCUUCCAGAGCAGACAGCUCGUCUCUGAUGCUUCCUUCUUCCACAGACACCCUCUCAUCAGGCGUCCGCGGGGUGGAAUGGGAUCAUACUGGGUUGUGUGUUCUUUGUUUGUGCUAUUUUUUAAUUUUUUUUUUUUUUUUUAACCAAAGAGACAUCGAGACUCAGUUUUUCUGACUGGCGAAGAGGAGGGUGGAGUCCAGAGACCUCAGAGCUCAGGAGGAAUCUCUGCAGGAAUGGAAUUUUUGAAAGUAAACAUUUUUAAGGAGAAACGGGGGGGUGAGAGAGAGAGGAAAAAUAUUACAAGAAGAAGCAGCAAUACUUUUUUUUCCCCCUUUUUUUUCUGAAAAACCUUGUUUGGGAUUCACGGAAGGCAAAGCCACAGAGGAUUGCUGGGGAGAGCUGUGGUGUCAGUGAGGAGAGGGCAGGAGCCACAAGGACAACCCUGGGAAGGCCAUUUUCCUAUCUGCCCUCCUUUCACUGCACCUGGAGAAAUGAUUGUUGCACAAAGUUCUUGGAACAAAAUUAUAUUAGUAUUUUUAUUCUGAAAAAAGUCAAUAAUCGUUGUGCCAGAGCCACUGGAACUGGGUAAAGGUGAAGACCCUUUGCCUUGUGUCCAAGACUAAAGGAACACAUGCAGCCAGCCCCUGCACUCACAGACGUGUCAAUACCACACUAGAGAUUUGCUGUAGAGCAUCUCCUGCAACCCCCUGGGCUUCCCUGUCCCCCUGGGUGCCGUUCUGUUCUGGUGAUUGUGCUUCUCUAGUCCGUCCUACAGCAUGACAUUUUGUUAGCCGCUAGCUCUCCUGUUAACAAGGUUACUUUUCUGAUCUCCUGUGGUCCAUAGUAAAGAAGACUGCUGCUGACUGCC